AUGAGCACCACUUCACUCGUUCACAUUAACAAGCCUCCCCUCUCAACCAAGCCAAAGUCACCAGCCCAUCCUCUCCACCCAGCCAAAGUCACCAUCCCCACCUCGCGACAUAGCCAAAGCCACCAGCACAAGCUCUUCAACAAGCCAAAGUCACUAGCCCCACCUCAAUACCCGGCCAAAGUCACCAGCCCCAGUUCACCAUCCAGCCAAAUUAACCAGCCCCACCUCCCCACCCAGCGGCAACUCAAGGAGGCACAGCAACCCACCAGCCCGCGACAGUCAGCAGCCCCACCUCUCCACCCAGCGACAGUCACCUGUCCCACCUCUCCACCCAGCGACUGCCACCAGCACCACCUUCCCACCCAGCGACAGUCACCAGCCCCACCUCUCCACCCAGCGACAGUCACCUGUCCCACCUCACCACCCAGCGACUGCCACCAGCACCACCUUCCCAUCCAGCGACAGUCAACAGCCCUCCCUUCCUACCCAGCACCUUCCCACCCAGCGACAGUCACCAGCCCCACCUCCCCCCCCAACACCUCCCCAUCCAGCGACAGUCAACAGCCCCCCCUUCCUCCCCAGCACCUCCCCACUCAGCGACAGUCGCCAAUAGGGAAAUCUGAACAACUCCACCCAGCGACAGUCACGAGCCCCACCUUCCCAUCCAGCUUCAGUCAAAAGCACCACCUCCCCAUCCAGCGACAGUCACCAGCACCACCUCUCAAACCAAAGAAAGUCACCAACCACAUCCCCCAGCCAGGACCACCCCACCGAGCAACAGCCACUAGCACCACCUCUCUACCCAACGACAUUCACCAGUCCCAUCUCACCACCCAGCGACAGUCACCUGCCCCACCUCCCCACCAAGCGACAAUCAUCAGGACCACCUCCCCAUCCAGCGAAAAUCACCAUCCCCACCUCUCCACCCAACACCUCCCCACCCAGCGACAGUCACCAUCACCACCUCCCCACCAAGCGACAAUCGACAGUCCCACCUCCCCACCCACAAAGCGACAGCCACCUGCCCCACCUCACCACCGAGCGACUGCCACGAGCACCACCUUCCCACCCAGCGACAGUCAUCAGCCCUCCCUUCCUAUCCAUCACCUCCCCACCCAGCGACAGUCACCACGACAGUCACCAGCACCACCUCCCCACCAAGCGACAGUCGCCAGCCCAACCUCCCCACCCAGCGACAGUCAACUGCCCCACCUCAGUCACCAUCUCCACCUCCCCACCAAGCGAGAGCUACAAGCCCAACCUCCCCACCCAGCGACAGUCAUCAGCACCACCUCUCCACCCAGCGACAGUCACCAGUCCCAUCUCACCACCCAGCGACAGUCACUAGCCCCAUCUCACCACCAAACACCUCCCCACUCAGCGACAGUCGCCAGCCCCACCUCCCCACCCAGCGACAGUCACCAUCUCCACCUCCCCACCAAGCGAGAGCUACAAGCCCAACCUCCCCACCCAGCGACAGCCAUCAGCACCACCUCUCCACCCAGCGACAGUCACCAGUCCCAUCUCACCACCCAGCGACAGUCACUAGCCCCAUCUCACCACCAAACACCUCCCCACUCAGCGACAGUCGCCAGCCCAACCUCCCAACCCAGCUACAGUCACCAUCACCACCUCCCCACCAAGCGACAAUCGACAAUCCCACCUCCCCACCCACAAAGCGACAGCCACAUGCCCCACCUCACCACCGAGCGACUGCCACGAGCACCACCUUCCCCCCCAGCGACAGUCAUCAGCCCUCCCUUCCUACCCAUCAACUCCCCCCCCAGCGACAGUCACCAGCCCUACCUCCCUAACCAGCACCUCCCUACUCAGCGACAGUCGCCAGCCCCACAUCCCCACCCAUCAACUCCCCAGCCAGCGACAGUCACAAGCACCACCUCCCCAUCCAGCGACAGUCACCAGGACCACCUCUCCACCCAACGAAAGUCACCAACCACAUCCCCCACCCAGCACCUCCCCACCGAGCGACAGUCACUAGCACCACCUCUCCACCCAGCGACAGUCACCAGUCCCAUCUCACCACCCAGCGACACGACAGUCACCAGCCCCACCUCCCCACCCAGCACCUCCCCACUCAGCGACAGUCACCAGCCCAAUCUCCCUACCAAGCACCUCCCCACUCAGCGACAGUCGCCAGCUCCACCUCCCCACCCAGCGACAGUCACCAUCUCCACCUCCCCACCAAGCGAGAGCUACAAGCCCAACCUCCCCACCCAGCGACAGCCACCAGCCCCACCUCCCCACCCAACACCUCCCCACCCAGCGAGAGUCACCAGCUCCAUCUCCCCACCAAGCGAGAGCUACAAGCCCAACCCCCCCCCCCAGCGACAGCCACAAGCCCCACCUCCCCACCCAACACCUCCCCACCCAGCGCGAGUCACCAUCUCCAUCCCCCCACCAAGCGAGAGCCACCAGCCCCACCUCCCCACCCAGCACCUCCCCACUCAGCGACAGUCACCAGCCCAAUCUCCCCACCAAGCACCUCCCCACUCAGCGACAGUCGCCAGCCCCACCUCCCCACCCAGCGAGAGUCACCAUCUCCAUCUCCCCACCAAGCGAGAGCCACCAGCCCAACCUCCCCACCCAGCGACAGUCACCAGAACCACCUCUCCACUCAGCGACAGUCACCAGUCCCACCUCACCACCCAGCGACAGCCACAAGCCCCACCUCACCACCUAGUGACAUUCAUCAGCACCACCUCCCCAUCCAGUGACAGUCACCAGCACCACCUCUCCACCCUGCGACAGUCACCAGCCCCACCUUCCCACCCAGCGACAGUCACCAGCACCACCUCCCCACCCAGUGACAGUCACCAGCACCACCUCUCCACCCAGCGACAGUCACCAGCACCCCCCUCCACCAAGCGAAAGUCACCAGCACCACCUCACCACCCAGUGCGAGUCAAAAGCCACACCUCGCGACAGCCACCAGCACCACCUUCCCACCCAGCGACAGUCAUCAGCCCUCCCUUCCAACCCAGCACCUUCCCACCCAGCGACAGUUACCAGCCCCACCUCCAUACCCAGCGAAGGUCACCAACCACACACCCCACCCAGCACCUUCCCACCGAGCGACAGUCACCCGCAGCACCUCUCCACCCAGCGACAGGCACCAGUCCCAUCUCACCAUCCAGCGACAGUCAAUAUCCACACCUCCCCACCCAGCACUUCCCCACUCAGCGACAGUCGCCAGCCCAACCUCCCCACCCAGCGACAGUCACCAUCACCAGCUUUCAACCCAGCGACAGUCACCAGCACCACCUCACCACCCACGACAGUCAUCAGCACCACCUCCCCACCCAGCGAAAGUCACCAGCCCACCUCCCCAUCCAGCACCUCCCCACCCAGCGACAGUCACCAGCCCCACCUCACCACCCAGCGAAAGCCACCAGCCCCACCUCACCACCCACCGACAGUCAUCAGCACCACCUCCCCACCCACCGACAGUCACCAGUACCACCUUCCCACCCAGCGACAUUCACUAGCACCACCUCCCCACCAAGCGACAGUCAUCAGGACCACCUCCCCACCCAGCGAAAGUCACCAUCCCCACCUCCCCACCCAACACCAUCCCACCCAGCGACAUUCACCAGCCCAACCUCUUCAUCCAGUGACAGUCACCAGUCUCAUCUCACCACCAAGCGACAGCCACCAGCACAACCUUCCAACUCAGCGACAGUCAUCAGCCCCGACUUCCCACCUAGCACCUCCCAACACAGCGACAGUCGCCAGCCCCACCUCCUCACCCAGCGACAGUCACCAGCACAACCUCCCUCCCAAGCGAUAGUCGACAGCCAAAUCUCCCCACCCAGCGACAGUCAACUGCCCCACCUCACCACCCAGCGACAGUCACUAGCACCACCUCACCACCCAGCGACACUCAUCAGCCCCACCUCUCCACCCACCGACAGUCAUCAGCACCACCUCCCCACCCAGCGACAGUCACCAGUACCACCUCCCCACCAAGCGAUAUUCACUAGCACCACCUCCCCACCAAGCGACAGUCAUCAGGACCAACUCCCCACCCAGCGAAAGUCACCAUCCCCACCUCCCCACUCAACACCUCCCCACCCAGCGACAUUCACCAGCCCAACCUCUCCACCCAGCGACAGUCACCAGUCCCAUCUCACCAUCAAGCGACAGCCACAAGCACAACCUCCCAACUCAGCGACAGUCAUCAGUCCCGACUUCCCACCUAGCACCUCCCCACACAGCGACAGUAGCCAGCCCCACCUCCUCACCCAGCGACAGUCAUCAUCACCACCUUCCCACCAAGCGACAAUCGACACAAAAGUCACCAGCACCAUCUCCCCACCCAGCGACAGUUCCCACCCAGCGACAGUCCCCAGCCCCAUCUCAACUCCCAGCACCUACCCACCCACCGACAGUCACCAGUUCCAUCUAACCACCCAGCGACAGCCGCCCGCCCCACCUCCCCAACCAGCAACAGUCACCAACACCACCUCUCCACCUCUCCAGCCAGCGACAGUCACCAGCCCCAUCUCAACACCCAGCACCUCCCCACCCACCGACAGUCACCAGUUCCAUCUCACCACCCAGCGACAGCCACAAGCACAACCUUCCCACCCAGAGACAGUCAUCAGCCCCACCUUCUCACCCAGCACCUUCCCUUCACCGAAAGUCACCAUCCCCACUUCCCCACCCAACACCUCCCCACCCAGCGACAUUCACCAGCCCAACCUCUCCACCCAGCGACAGUCACCAGUCCCAUCUCACCACCAAACGACAGCCACCAGCACAACCUUCCAAUUCAGCGACACAAAAGUCACCAGCACCAUCUCUCCACCCAGCGACAGUCACCAGCCCCACCUCCUUACCCAGCACCUCCCUACUCAGCGACAGUCCUCAGCCACACAUCCCCACCCAUCAACUCCCCAGCCAGCGACAGUCAGCAGCCCCACCUCUCCACCCAGCGACAGUCACCUGUCCCACCUCACCACCCAGCGACUGCCACCAGCACCACCUUCCCACCCAGCGACAGUCAUCAGCCCUCCGUUACUACCCAGCACCUCCCCACUCAGCGACAGUCGCCAGCCCCACCUCACCACCAAGCGACAGUCACCAGCCCAACCUAACCUCCAAGCCCCCUCGACAGUCACGAGCCCCACCUUCCCAUCCAGCUUCAGUCAAAAGCACCACCUCCCCAUCCAGCGACAGUCACCAGCACCACCUCUCAAACCAAAGAAAGUCACCAACCACAUCCCCCAGCCAGGACCACCCCACCGAGCAACAGCCACUAGCACCACCUCUCUACCCAACGACAUUCACCAGUCCCAUCUCACCACCCAGCGACAGUCACCUGCCCCACCUCCCCACCAAGCGACAAUCAUCAGGACCACCUCCCCAUCCAGCGAAAAUCACCAUCCCCACCUCUCCACCCAACACCUCCCCACCCAGCGACAGUCACCAUCACCACCUCCCCACCAAGCGACAAUCGACAGUCCCACCUCCCCACCCACAAAGCGACAGCCACCUGCCCCACCUCACCACCGAGCGACUGCCACGAGCACCACCUUCCCACCCAGCGACACGACAGUCGCCAGCCCCACAUCCCCACCCAUCAACUCCCCAGCCAGAGACAGUCACAAGCACCACCUCCCCAUCCAGCGACAGUCACCAGGACCACCUCUCCACCCAACGAAAGUCACCAACCACAUCCCCCACCCAGCACCUCCCCACCGAGCGACAGUCACUAGCACCACCUCUCCACCCAGCGACAGUCACCAGUCCCAUCUCACCACCCAGCGACAGUCACUAGCCCCAUCUCACCACCAAACACCUCCCCACUCAGCGACAGUCGCCAGCCCAACCUCCCAACCCAGCUACAGUCACCAUCACCACCUCCCCACCAAGCGACAAUCGACAGUCCCACCUCCCCACCCAGCGACAGUCACCUGCCCAAACCUCACCACCCAGCAACAGUCACUAGUCAUCAGCCCUCCCUUCCUAUCCAGCACCUCCCCACCCAGCGACAGUCACCAGCCCCAUCUCCCUAACCAGCACCUCCCUACUCAGCGACACGAGAGUCGCCAGCCCAAACUCCCCCCCCAGCGACAGUCAUCAUCACCACCUUCCCACCAAGCGACAAUCGACAGUCCCACCUCCCCACCAAGCAGCAGUCGCCUGCCCCACCACCUCUCCACCGAGCGACCUCUCCACCCAGCGAAAGUCACCAACCCCAUCCCCCAUCCAGCACCUCUCCACCGAGCGACAGCCACUAGCACAACCUCUCCACCCAGCGACAGUCACCAGUCCCAACUCACCACCCAGCGACAUCACAAGCCCCACCUCCCCACUCAGCGACAGUCGCCAGCCAAAACUCCCUACCCAGCGACAUUCAUCAUCACCACCUCCCCACCAAGCGACAAUCGACAGUCCCACCUCCCCACCCAGCAGCAGUCACCUGCCCCACCACCUCUCCACCGAGCGACCUCUCCACCCAGCGAAAGUCACCAACCACAUCCCCCAUCCAGCACCUCUCCACCCACCGACAGUCACUAA